GAUCAGUGUAAGCCAAAGUAGUCUUCUCUUUCACUUCUCAGGUUUUCCAGAUAUCCAUUGAGAAUCGGUAAAGAUGGGGGAAUGGGGCUUCCUGUCCUCUCUCCUGGACAAGGUCCAGACCCACUCCACCGUGAUCGGCAAGGUGUGGCUGAGUGUCCUCUUUAUCUUCAGGAUCAUGGUCCUGGGAGCUGGGGCAGAGAAGGUCUGGAGCGACGAGCAGUCCAGCAUGAUCUGCAACACCAAACAGCCCGGUUGUGAGAACGUGUGUUACGACCACGCCUUCCCCAUCUCGCACAUCCGCUUUUGGGUCCUUCAAAUCAUCUUUGUUUCCACGCCGACGCUAGUCUAUCUUGGCCACGUUUUCCAUGUCAUCCACAAGGAGAACAAGCUGAGGGAGCGUCUCAAUGCCAACAGGACUGGUGAGCAUUUGAAAGCUCCCAAGUACAGUGAUGAAAAAGGACAUGUCAAAAUUAAGGGAAACCUCCUGGCCAGUUACAUGACAACCAUCUUCUUCAGGAUUGUUCUAGAACUGGGCUUCAUCAUUGGCCAGUACUACCUCUACGGCUUCAUCAUGGUUCCAAUGUUCGCUUGCUCCAGAGCACCCUGCCCCUUCACUGUGGAGUGCUACAUGUCCCGGCCCACAGAGAAGACCAUCUUCAUCAUCUUCAUGCUGGUGGUGGCGUGUGUUUCCCUGCUGAUGAACGUGGUGGAAGUCUUCUACUUGCUGUGCACUCGAGUGAGAUGUGGUAAAUCCAAGAGAGGAACGCACCACACUAACUCGUUGGAUAACCCGGCAAGCCUGUCUGUGGGACCCGGCUGGGGGGGACGAUUGGAUGCGGAAGACGCGCUGAGGCAGAACAGGAUGAACCAGGAGUUUGAGAGUGGCCAAAGCAUUGGAGGAAGCCUGGAUGGAGCCAAAGAGGAGAAACGUUUGCUGAGAGAGCAUACGGGUUAGAGUUAAAGGGUUAGAGAAUAAUUAUAAAUAUCUAUAAAUGCAUUUUAUAUAUUUUUACGGUGAACAGAAUCAGCGCGUCCAUUUUUCAGGGGAUGCCAUUGGGCUGAAGAGUGGCCACAUUUUUAAUGUUUUCUUUCAGGGGGGAAAAAACGAUAUUUGUUAAUUUUACACUGGCACUUUGCCAGUGAUGGUGAUCAUGUUCAUAUGUUGGUCUUAUGUUUGAAACACUCAAUUGUGGAUCUGAAACACAUGCACUGAUUUGUUUGUAUGAAAUGAAUAAAUGCCGAACAUUAAAAGUGUUAACAUAACUUGGUUAAACUGCAACUGUUAAUACUAAUUUGGUCAGGUCUCACUCUCUUACUGAAAUAAAAAAAUAAAGGUACAUCAAUAUUUAUUUACGUAACGCCCUUAAGUGGUGAACUAAGACAUAGUUCAGUACUCUACACUGCUUCAUGCUGUAUUUAAGUAUCCUUCUGAGAACAUGAAUAAAGCUUUUUAAACUG